GACCUGGUCUGGACCGCUUUCCUCAUCUCUCAGGGUGCCCCGGGCCCCUUGCCCCACCACUGUGCAAACUUUUAUACACGUUUUAUUGUGUCGCCUUGUUUUGGUUCCUUAAAGGAUGAUGACAGCAGACUUUCGGAAUGACUUGAUUUGACAGUAGCCUUAGCUGCAUUUAGGCCUCCGUGGAGGGCGUGGUGCUAAAUAUUUUUCCGAUGUUGCAGCUGCCUCUUGCCCCACCCUUGAAAGUUAUUCUUUGGAAAAUAUUGGCUGUUUCUGGCGGACUAGUAAUGUGUGGUUAAAUGAUUGCCCCACACAUUAACUAAGCCUGUUUAAAGUCUCAAAAAUAAUGAACCUUUUUAAAGUUUCAGUUCAAGGUACAUCGGCCAGAGUACUCUGAUUCCCCUACGUAUACACAGCAGAACUAUUCAAAGGCAUUAAAGUUGGGGGUUGGGGGGGGCGGAGUUUUUCAACCAUUCUGCAGUUUUGAAUAAACAGAUUCUGGAAAUCUGAUCCACAGUGGGGUUUGUGCUCUGAUUUUAGUUUCCUAAAAGAUUUGAUAUUCACACAAAAAUAGUGUUCACAUUAGCUCAACAGUGCUUCAGAAAUACAUGCUGAAAAGCUGUCAGUUCUGAUCGUUAACUCUUCCUUAACCAACUCUGGAGUUGGCUAGUAGUCUGUGUCGUUUUUUAUUGAAAGAUUUAGUGUUGCCAGUUGUAUUGAUAUGCACUUUCACCAGUGUCAACUCUGUUGUGUGACUCCAUGAAGUCAAAGCGAUUAGGGUUCCUAUAAGUCUUCAGCUCUUCUCUAAAUCUCUUCUGAAUUCACAGAAUGCUAUUGUCCAAAAAUUAAGGGAGUUGCUCUUGGUGUAUUUUUAAAUUUUUUUAAAACUUCUAAAAAGUUAAAACUUUGACUAUGAGUUUCCAGGUUAGUAUUAUUUACUUGAAAAAUGUUGAGACUCAGAAGAUUGGAGAAAGUGCAUCUCAAAUGAUUAUGGGUACUUAUGGUUUACAAUGAUCCUAAGAUUGAAAUAAAAAAUAUUAACAUUUAAUAUUUAAAUGCUAAUAUCCUAAGCUAUAGAAUAUGUUCCAAAGCUAUUUCCUGUCCUUUCAGCUGAUGGGAAAAUAUUAAAAUGACUCUUAUUUGAAAAGAUCACAAUACAUACAUACCACCUGCAUUUAUGUAUGUGGCUAUUUAGUGAAAUCAUAGUCACUGUAUUUAGUCAGGAUUGUUGUAAACUUGAUGUGGAUGCACAUUAAAAUGUUCCCAAAGGAAGUGCUACUCUGAAAUAGUUUGCUUUCCUGUUUGUAAGGUAGAAUAUAUCAUUUAGAUUGUCUCCUUGCUUACCUGGUGUCUAUUUUUAAUCCCCUAGUCAUGAGAAUUUUGUUUGACUGCAUCUCCUUCUUACAGCUUGCUUUGUGGCUAUUAGGCCAUGCAUGGGCUGUGAUGUAGAAAGGCACAGUUUCUUCACCAGGCAUCAAGAUAUCAACAUGCAUUUUUGAUUUGUGUAACUGAAUAGUGCUUUUUUUUUUCUUUUUUCUUUUUUUCAGAGCUGGGGACCGAACCCAAGGUCUUGCGCAAGACCACUGAGCUAAAUCCCCAACCCCUGAAUAGUGCUUUUAAUGUUGAUGAAACAGCCAAUUUUUUUCUAAGUGAAAAGAAGUACAUGGAAGAUAUAAGAUGAUCCUUGGGGGUUUAGGAAGGGGUGCAUGUUAUUUAUAUUUUUAUUUGAAAACAAAAUAAUUUAAAAAAAACCUUGCUUUUUCUAAUCUGGAAAAGCAUGGGAGCCUCUACUUCCUGAACCUGUCAAGCUGGUCUUGUUUUCUUCCAGAACACAGGUCUUCAUAUGUAAAUAGACUGGUAGCCAACAGUUCAUUUACCAGUUGGUUCUCUUUGACAUAGGAUGUAUAGAAGCCUAUAAGUACAUUACAGAGAUUUACAUCACACAGUAUUAAUGGGAUUAGCCAUCAGCUAAGUGCCAAGUGACUUUAAAACCUAAAAGAAUCUGCAGAUUGAAACCAGUAUUAAUUAGCAAGCACAGUAAACAUUGGGAAAGUAGCAAAACUGGCUGCUUUUCCUAGCAUCAGCUGUAAAGUUAAAAAACUAAAAGGCUCUCAGAAGCCAAAGAGUGCCAUGUUUUAAGAAACUCUUUGCUUAAUAACUGCUAUAGUCAACUUCUUCCUUAGGGUAUAUUGUUCUUUGAACUAUUAACCGGCGAUAUGAUGAGAUCAUCCUCAUCAUGACAUGACCAAGACAUGAAAAGAGUAUUUUCCUAUGCAUGCAGUCAAAGGUCUUAGAUUUUUUUUUUCCUUAGUUUUUAAAAAUUUUUUGGAUUAGGGAGAUGGCUCAGGAGCAAGUGUGAGGAUCAGAAUUGGGACCCUAAAAAGCAAAUGUUGGGUAGAUAUGGCAGUCCACCAGGAAUUCCAGGCCCUGAAGGCAAAGAUGAGGGAUCCCAGGAGGAAGCUGGCUCUUUAUACUGGCCAUGUUGGCAAACUCAGAGAUUAGUGGAGAAACCCCCGCCUCAAUGAGUAAGGAACAGAGCACAGGAAGAAGACUCUUCAAAUCAACCUUGGGCCUCAACAUGCGUGUGCACACAGGUGGUUGCUGUAUACGGAACUUUGUCUGAUUUGCUCUCAGUAGCCAGCAGUAAACUCGGCAUAAAAGCCACCAGUGUAUAUAAUGGGAAAGGCGGACUGAUUGAUGAUAUUGCUUUGAUCAGGGAUGAUGAUGUGUUGUUUGUGUGUGAAGGAGAACCAUUUAUUGAUCCUCAGACAGAUGCCAGACCGCCUGGAGGAUUGCUAGGAUCUCACACAGACUGGCUUACAUUGAAUGUAGGAGGGCGAUACUUUACAACAACAAGGAGCACUUUAGUGAAUAAAGAGCCUGACAGUAUGCUGGCGCACAUGUUCAAGGACAAAGGUGUCUGGGGAAAUAAGCAAGAUCAUAGAGGAGCUUUCUUAAUUGACCGAAGUCCUGAGUACUUUGAACCUAUUUUGAACUAUUUACGUCAUGGACAGCUCAUUGUAAAUGAUGGCAUUAACUUAUUGGGUGUUCUAGAAGAAGCCAGGUUUUUUGGUAUUGACUCACUGAUUGAACACCUAGAAGUGGCCAUAAAGAAUUCCCAACCACCAGAGGAUCAUUCACCAAUAUCCCGAAAGGAAUUUGUUCGAUUUCUGCUGGCCACUCCAACCAAGUCAGAGCUGCGCUGCCAGGGUUUAAACUUCAGUGGUGCUGAUCUUUCCCGUUUGGACCUUCGAUACAUUAACUUCAAAAUGGCCAAUUUAAGCCGCUGCAACCUCGCACAUGCAAAUCUCUGCUGUGCUAAUCUUGAACGAGCUGAUCUUUCUGGAUCAGUGCUCGACUGUGCAAAUCUCCAGGGAGUCAAGAUGCUCUGCUCAAACGCAGAAGGUGCAUCCCUGAGGCUCUGUAAUUUUGAGGAUCCUUCAGGUCUUAAAGCCAACUUAGAGGGUGCUAAUCUGAAAGGUGUGGACAUGGAAGGAAGCCAGAUGACAGGGAUUAACCUCAGAGUUGCUACCUUAAAAAAUGCGAAACUGAAGAACUGUAAUCUCAGAGGAGCAACUCUGGCAGGAACAGAUUUAGAAAACUGUGAUUUGUCGGGGUGUGACCUCCAGGAAGCCAACUUGAGAGGCUCCAACGUGAAGGGUGCCAUAUUUGAAGAGAUGCUGACACCAUUACAUAUGUCUCAGAGUGUCAGAUGAGAGUGGCAAGAGCUGGAGGAAGAUGUCCCAGAUGAAAACGUUUCCUUAUUUUAUAUCUCCCAUCUAUCAAGUUGUCUAGUGGAGAGAAAACUGUAAGGGAAUUUAAGGCAUAUGUUUGUUCCCAGAGGUGCAUAAGGGGAAGUAAUUGCAUUUCCCUCAUUGUGACUGUAACAGAAGAACACUCUGUUCAUAGAUGUAGGGAAAGUAGACCAUGCUGCUGCAUUUUGAGUGGAGUUGGGGCGUUUGUCUGGUUUCUGACCAGGAGUAGUAGCUAUUCUAUUUGCUUUUAUUUAGGCAUUGUAUGGAAGAACCAUCUUGGUUUAAGAUGCAUUGAGAGUUUUAAUUUAUGAAAAGCACAACAUAUGCAAAUAUAUUUAUUGAAUACCUAGAUGCAGUAAGGAUGUUUAAGUUGUUAAACGUCUUGAAGACUCUGACGAGUUGUUCGGGUUUAUAAAUAGCUUUAGUAAUGCCUUCCUCUUCAAACACCUAUCCAUCCUGUGAGGGUGAUUAGUUUAAGACUCCCUUGGCUCUUUUGAAAUUCAUUUCUGUAAUGUUUACUUUUAAAGAAGAAAACAGCAAACUUUGAGUCAUAGUCUGUUCUCACAUUUUGAGACACAGUUGGAGGAAAGCUCGUGUGUAUCAUUCUGCAGGAGAAGGAAGGAUUCCCAGUCGCUGCAGUGGUCUAGUGAGCACGCGUCAGCUUCACUAUAGGCAAAUUCCAUUGUGCAGCAGACUAGGCUACCCUGUCCCGUCACUAGUUAGUUCUCAUGCUCAGUUGUCACAAGCAUAGGAAGAUACUUCAGAACCAAACACAGCUUUAUCCUGACCACAGUUCGUGUAUGCCAGUUAGUUUAUACAGAACCAGCUUAGAAUAGAUAUUCAACUAAAUCUACUGCAUUUGGAGCUAGACAGUAUGGAUAAAUCCUGCAGUCACCUACAAGAACGCAACAUCAGAUAACUAUAGCUAAAACCCUAUGGUGGGGACUAAGAAAUUCUGAACUGAUGGCUUGAUUAUAGCCACCAAAACAGCUGAUGAACACAAAUUAAGUGUUUGGCCAGCACAUGCUGUACUGUGUCAGUACCUGUGGCUCUUUUUUUUUUUAAAUAUUUUCUGAUGUUUGUCUUGUUUUUAAGUGAAAUUUUGGUCCAGUUUUCUUGAGUCAUUAUUAUCUGUGAACACAGCAGUAGGGUCUUUACCUUCCUAGUGGAUGUCCCAGUGUCCUUAUGUGUUUCCCAAGAGCAGGGAAGAAGCUGUGUCCAAAUGGGUUCUCAAUCCUACAGGCUGGUCAGCUUGAGGCAAUGAAUCCUUACAGAUGACCUUGUCUCCUUCAGGAGAGUGGCUUGUCUUCAUUACUCUGUAGCUUAUUCUUAUAUCUACAUAUGCAAAGCUUUCCUUCACAGUAAAGGGCUUACACGGGGAGGAGAGCGCCCCUUUACAGGGAAAGGAAAGCAAUUUUGAAAAUGAAUUAUUUUCUUUGUGUUAUUAUUUUUACCAAGACAGAGAAGUAUUGUAUUGAGAGAUACCUAUUUUCAUAAUCAAUGUGUGCCUAAAUUAUAUUUAACUCAUUUCACUGCACUCUAUUUUCAAUAAUUAUAGCCUGUAUGCAUUCACUGAAUGGUCCUCUGCAGACAGAGGAGCUGAGAGAUGCAAACAAAGUGUGCUUGGGAACUGCGGGGUUCAGCUCUGAUGUAAACCGCAUUAAUAAAUGGUGUGGACCGCU